AUGAGGAUGGAUACGCGUGAGGACAGAUACAAAUAUUCACAUCGCAGGCGGUCUGACUCACUUGAUGAGGAUGACUGCCUGGAAAACGACUCCACCACGGACUCUGAUGUCACGAUUCCACCAACGCACAAUAGCGCCAGCGCAGUACCAUUACUACAUUAA